AUGGCCUCUGAGGACCUAGGUGGCACACAGAUAUUGGUGGAGGAGGGAAGGUGGUACACAUGCAACCGGUUACAGGCUGAGCCAGGCAGCAAGGUGCAGCUGGGUCGCGUGCUUGCCUUGAAAGAUGAGGGCGUCUUCCAUGUUGGCAAGCCCUACCUGGAGACUGUGAUUGUGGAGGCAGAGGUGCUGGAGGACACCAAGGGGCCCAAGCUGACCAUCUUCAAAAUGAACUCCAAGAAGCACUACAGGAGGAAGACAGGCCACCGCCAGCCGCUCACCAAGUUCUUGAUCACAAAGAUUGACAAGCAGUAG